AUGAAGUCAAAUGUAAUAUAAUUUGAUGAAUAUCAGAUAAAUGGUUUAACUAUUUUACACAAAAUCCCCCAAGUACCAUCCUCCAAUACAAUAGAGAUAAGGUAAAUAUACAAUAUUCCCCUAACCACUAAAGGCAAAAUAUUGUUGGUUAUAAACAAUGACCAAAAUUGUAUUAUCAAUGGGAUUAAUGUAAAAUUAAAAUAAUUUGCCCAAUAAUACUCUUCCUUUUGGAUCAAGAAACACUUUGAAUAGUGUUCCUGGUAGAAGUUUGGUAGCUGUAAAUAUAUAGAUGAAGCAGCCCAUCUGACAUUUGAGGGGAAAACAAAAAGAAUUCUAAUCGGAUUCUUAAAUGAUUCCGAAUGUACUUUUAUCUUUUUAAUAUGA